AUGGCUUCUCGUACACUUCGAUCCGCUUCCAAACUCCACUCCAUCUGCCGGUCCUUCGGCUCCACCACGUGCACUCGAUAUGCAUUCGCUGGCCCAACCCCGUCAUCACAGAUAAAAAGGCAUCUGCCUCUCCAACGACGAUCUUUCUCCUCGUCCUCUCCAACUUCUUCCCCAGCAGCCACAACCAUGUCCACCACCGACGCCCUCAUCCAAGCGGCCCAGUCCCGCCGCACCAUCUAUAAGCUGGGCAAGAACAGCCCCGUGCCCGACUCCAAGAUCGAGGAGCUCGUCAAUGCCGCUAUCUUGCACGUGCCCAGCUCGUUCAACACCCAGUCUACCCGUCUGGUUGUCCUGCUCCAUGAGGAGCACGAUCAGCUCUGGGAUAUCAACAUUGAGACUUUCAAGGGUCUCGUCGCUGCUGGAACUAUUCCUGAGCAGCUCUUCCAGAACCAGACUCUGCCCAAGCUGCAGGGUAUGAAGGCUGGCUACGGCACUAUCCUCUUCUACGAAGAUCCCGCCCACAUCGGGCCCUUCCAAGAAAAGUUCGCCAUUUACAAGGACCUCUUCGAGCCUUGGGCUGAGCACUCCAACGCCAUGCACCAGUACUUCCUCUGGACAGGCCUCCAAUCCCUCGGCUUCGGCGCCAACCUGCAGCACUACAACCCCCUCAUCGACACCCCCGUCGCCCAAAACUGGAACAUCCCCACCGACUGGCGUCUCAUCUCCCAGCUUAUCUUCGGUAGCAACGAGGAGGCUGCUGGCGAGAAGGUGCAGAAGCCUGUUGAGGAGCGUGUCAAGAUCUUUGGCAAGCAGUAA